AUGGGCGCCAUGGGCAUCGUCGUCAGAGCGUGCGCGCCUCCCGCUCCCGCCGCGGCGGCUCCGUCCGGGUCCAGGGAGGCUGCCCAGGCCCAGCGGAGGAGCAAGCCCUCGAGGACCGGCCGCGUGCUCGUGCUCGGAGGCACCGGCCGCGUCGGGGGAUCCACGGCCACCGCGCUCUCCAAACUCCGCCCCGACCUCGGCAUCCUCGUCGGUGGCAGGAACCGGGAGAAAGGCGAGUCCGUUGCAGCUAAGCUUGGGGGCCAGUCCGAGUUCGUCCAGGUCGACACCCGCGACGCAGGCAUGUUAGAGGAAGCGCUGCAGGGUGUGGAUUUGGUUGUCCAUACUGCUGGACCCUUCCAGAGGGCGGAGGAGUGCACCGUGUUGCAGGCGGCGAUAUCUACUAAGACACCAUAUAUUGAUGUCUGCGAUGACACGGACUAUUCUUGGAGAGCAAAAGGCUUCCAUGAGCAAGCAAAUGCUGCUGGUGUUCCAGCUAUUACUACUGCUGGCAUAUAUCCAGGAGUUAGCAAUGUGAUGGCUGCUGAGCUUGUGCAUGCUGCCAGAAGUGAAAAUGGCGAACCUGAAAGACUAAGAUUCUUUUACUAUACUGCAGGUACUGGUGGUGCUGGUCCAACAAUAUUGGCAACAAGUUUUCUGCUUCUUGGGGAGGAUGUAAUUGCAUAUAACAAGGGAGAAGAAAUCAAAUUGAAGCCCUAUAGUGGAGCUCUGAACAUUGAUUUCGGAAAGGGGGUCAGAAAGAAAAAUGUCUACUUAUUGAAUUUGCCUGAAGUGAAGAGUGCUUUUAAGAUAUUAGGUGUGCCAACUGUUAGUGCUCGAUUUGGUACUGCUCCUUUCUUCUGGAAUUGGGGAAUGCAGGCUUUCGCAAACUUUUUACCUGUUGAGUUCUUGAGGGAUAGAAAUAAGGUUCAGAAGUUGGUUCAGUCUGUUGAUCCUUUGGUUCGAGCCAUUGAUGGUAUCGCAGGAGAGCGUGUCUCUAUGAGAGUAGACUUGGACUGUUCAAAUGGCCGGAAUACUAUUGGAUUAUUUACUCAUAAAAAGCUAUCUGUAUCGGUGGGCUUUGCGACAGCUGCAUUUGCUUUAGCAGUUCUUGAGGGCAACACACAACCAGGAGUUUGGUUUCCAGAAGAGCCAGAGGGAAUACCGAUAGAAGCAAGGAAGCUGCUUCUUGAGCGUGCAUCUCAAGGGACAAGUAACUUCGUGAUGAACAAGUGA